AUGGAUCACAGUCCCGAGAAUCCGAUGCCGCCUCCAAAGAUGCUGCUGGAUAAGUAUGAGAAGUUAGGGAAGAUCGGAGAGGGAUCUUAUGGGGUCGUCUUUAAAUGCAGGAAUCGAGAGACCAAUCAGAUCGUAGCCAUCAAGAAGUUUGUCGAGACUGAUGAUGAUCCAUCGAUAAGGAAGAUUGCGCUGAGGGAGAUCAGAAUGCUGAAGGUACGUGUUAUAUAUUAUGUUAGGUGAUAUUCAAAAUUUUCAGCAAUUGAAACACCCCAACUUAGUUAAUUUAAUCGAAGUUUUCAAACGAAACAAGAAAUUGCACCUGGUAUUCGAGCAUUGCGAGAGAACCGUUCUCGAUGAUCUCGAGAAAUACCCAAAAGGGUAAGUCCACAUGCAAAUUUGAAUAAAAUCUCCUUUCAGAUGUCCGGAAUCACUUACAAAGAAAAUGUUAUAUCAAUUACUUCAAGCGUUAAACUUUUGUCAUAGCAGAAACUGUAUCCACCGGGACGUGAAGCCCGAGAAUAUUCUGAUUACAUACAAUGAUGUAGUCAAACUGGGGGAUUUCGGAUUCGCGAGGGUAAUGAGUAGGUUCCGAGAAGAGUAAUCAGACCCCUUCAGAUACUAAUGAGUUGUAUACGGACUACGUAGCCACGAGAUGGUAUCGAAGUCCGGAGUUGUUGGUGGGCGAUAUCCAUUAUGGGGCGGCCGUGGAUAUCUGGGCCGUGGGAUGUGUGUUCGCCGAGAUGUUGACGGGCGAUCCUCUUUGGCCAGGCAGGACCGAUGUGGACCAGCUUUAUCUGAUCAAACAGACCGUCGGUAAGAGAAUUAUAUUGUCAUCAAAACCAAUGCCUUGGCUGUCCAUUAAUUUAAUUUUUAGGGGACAUUUUUCAACGUCACCUUCAAGUUUUCCGUCAGAAUCAAUACUUUAGAGGGAUGAGUAUCCCCGAGCCGGACGAAUUGCUCGAUCUUCCACAGAAAUUGCCUCAGGCCAGUUCCGUGGAUAUUGAUUUCCUUCAGGUACGCCUCAUAAGCAAUGUAAACUUCCUUUUCAGAAAUGUUUCGAUCCCAAUCCAGACCUCAGAUGGUCUUGUUCGGAACUUCUGAAACACGAUUACUUCAAGGGAUUUGUGUUCAGAUAUCCGGAGGACUCGACUCCCAUGAGGAAAUUGUCUCCUCAUCUACCUCAACUGGAGAAGAACUCGAUGGACGUGAAGAGAAACAGUCUGCAGAACCAGUACAACAAAGGCAUCGACCAUGCUAGUUACCUCCCCACAAUUUCCUGA